GAAAAAUAUAGUUGUAGUAAUACAUGGAUCGAGCUGAAACUGGCAAUGCAUCGAUUGCCAGGAUUUUCUGCUUAUAAGAAGCGGGUCGACUCUAAGAAAAAACGUGCUGUUUCCUCCGUUAAUUCUAAGCCGAGGCUGGAGCGAUUGAAUGCACGGAAGCAUAUUGAUUACGAACCGUCUAUGAUUGAGUUUAGUAAGGAUAAUAAGAGUUUUCGAAUCGAAGGAAAAGGAGAUGUUGAGUUCCUUGAAUUUUUCGAGAAGUUAGGGUUUUCGGGUCCUGAUGAUUUUGCUAUACCUGCUGAUGAAUGGGAUGCUAUGAUUGUUCGUUCCUCGACGGAUAAUAAUCAUGUUGUUGAUGUUGCUAGUAACGUUAGCAGGGCAAUUGAUCUAGGUAAUAACAAAAGUAAGGAUAAUAUUCUUGGAUAUUAUGAUGAUAGUUGUAAAGCUAGUGAUGUAAUUCAGUCAGUUAAGUUAAAUGAUGAUAUUAGUGAUGUGUGUGAAACCAAUAGUAGAAUGAAUGGAGUUGUUUUAAAUGGAAAUGAACCUGUAAGUUUACUUGGAUGUGGUGGUGGUGGAGGGAUUAGGGGUUUAAGGCCGCCGCCUUUUCUGGCUCCUCCACCGGUCAUGUCACUGCCAAUAGUUGAUGAUUCAUGCUCUACUUGGGAUAUAUGUAAGGCAUUUGGCCCAGAAGAUCAUAGGGAAUCAGGGCUUUGUAGAUCUGAGGUUGUUAACGGUCAUGACGUAUGUAUUAAGAAUGAGGAGGAUGAGGAGGAGGAGAAUAGUACUAGGAGGAGAAUAAGAGAGUUUAGCUUGCUUUCAGUAUCGAGUUCUUUCACCAAUACUUCGAACGAUGAUGACUCUUCCAGCAGCACGACAGAGCGUACGUCUAUCAUCUCACCGAAUGGGAGAUUCACGCGCUUCAUUACAGGAUGGGAAAAGGGUGAUCUCCUAGGACGUGGAUCAUUUGGAUCCGUUUAUGAAGGAAUUUCAGAUGAUGGUUUCUUUUUUGCUGUGAAGGAAGUGUCAUUACUUGAUCAAGGUGAUGGGGGAAGGCAAUGUCUAUCUCAACUCGAACAGGAGAUUGAACUUCUAAGUCGGUUCGAACACGAGAACAUAGUCCGAUAUUAUGGAACCGACAAGAAUGAUUCAAAAUUGUACAUCUUUCUUGAGCUGGUCCCACAAGGAUCUCUGUUGAAUCUUUACCAGAAGUAUCACCUUCGAGAUUCACAAGUAUCCGCCUACACAAGGCAGAUUUUACAUGGUUUGAAGUAUUUGCAUGACCAAAAUGUGGUUCACAGAGAUAUUAAAUGCGCUAAUAUAUUGGUGGAUACUAAUGGAUCAGUCAAGCUUGCUGAUUUUGGCGUUGCAAAGGCUACUAAGUUGAAUGAUGUCAAGUCUUUCAAGGGUACUGCACUCUGGAUGGCUCCUGAGGUUGUGAACAGGAAGAACCAAGGUUAUGGACUUCCAGCUGAUAUAUGGAGCCUUGGCUGUACUGUCCUAGAGAUGCUUACUCGCAAGUUUCCUUACUCCCACUUAGAUAAUCCAAUGCAGGUACUGUUUAGGAUUGGAAAGGGGGAACCUCCAGCUGUCCCUAAUACCCUUUCGAUAGAUGCACGAGAUUUUAUUAACCAGUGUCUGCAAGUGGAUCCUAGUGCUCGUCCAACUGCUUCUCAGCUCUUGGAGCAUCCGUUUGUAAAACGAAUACUUCCCUCUUCCUCAGGCUCAGCUUCUCCUCUCAAUCUAGGCAGGAGAUUUUGAAACCUUGUUAUCGGUUCUUCCCAUUGGAUCCUCAAAAUUUUGGUGAAAGUAAUCUGCACGCGCUCCCAGAACCUGUAUUUGAACUCCGAGUUCAGCUAUUUGUUGUUUUGAAACCACGUUGAGAGCUGUUUGCAGUUGUGGUCAAUGCCUUUGCUGCAGUGUAAUUUUGAGCCCCCACCCCCCUCAUUCUUUCUGCCUUCCAGACGUCUUUCUUCCACCCCACUAUGGGAGGAAAGAAGAGGUCAGGUGUUGUGGUGUAUAUGCUGUUCAAUUCAUAGUUGAGUGCUUGAGCCGGUAUGGGAUGUAAAGAUAGAUGACCCAUUUGAAAUGUAUAUAUCACGAGAAGAGGCCCAGUUGUUGCUUUCUUCCUCUCUUUCUUGUUUC